AUGUCUAAAGAGAAAAGUAAACAGAUUGUCAUAAUUGGUGGUUCAUAUGCUGGAAUUUUGGCUUUGAAGACUUUGCUCAAAUCAUCACCAAUUGAAUUGAAUAUCACUUUAAUCUCACCAAAUGAUUCAGGGUAUUUUAAUGCUGCAGCUCCAAGAUUAUUAAUCGAGCCAGAAAGUAUUGAGAAAACUAUAUUUCCUAUUAAACCUACUAUUGAAAAAUUAACCAGUGGAACUAUUCAUACAGCAAAAUUCCUUCAAGGUGUGGUCACAAAAGUUGAUUUGACUAAUCAAAAGGUUUUUGUUGAUAACGAAUCGGAAAUCGAUUAUGACAAUUUGAUUAUUGCUUCUGGUGCUAGAGCAAAAUCACCGGCAUUUAAAUUAACCAACAAUAACGAUCAAAAUUACACUAUAAAGGCAAUUUUGGAGCUUGGUGACGAGAUCAAAGCAGCCAAUAAUAUUGCUGUAAUUGGAGGUGGGAGUACUGGUGUGGAAACCUCUGCUGAGAUUGCAUUCAAAUAUUCUGACAAAAACGUGGUAUUGUACACAGGAGCUUCAAGACCUUUGCCCUCAUUUCCCAAAUCCACUAGCUCCAAAGCAACAGGCAAGUUGAAUCAGCUUGGAAUAGAAAUUGUCAAUGGCGAGAGAGUCAAUGUCAAAGAUAAAACGAUCGAGUUUGCAGAUGGUUCAACAAAGUCAUUUGAUUUGAUUAUUGAAACACUGGGCCUUUUACCCAACACCGAUUUUCUUCCUAAGAAAGUUUUGAAUGAAUAUGGAUAUGUUGACACAGAUGAAUACCUUCGUUUGAAAGACCACCACAAUGUAAUAUGUUUGGGAGACGUGGUUGCCCUGGGUGCAAACUCAAUAGUUGAUCUUGUAUAUACUCAAAAACCCGUUUUUGAAAAGACUGUUGAAUUUGAAGUGGUUGAUAACGAAGCAACUCAAUUGAAAGCAUACCAGAAAGCCAGUGGUAUCACUACAUUUAUCCCAAUUGGUAGAAAUGGAGGUGUUGGAUUAUUGUUUGGUUACUGUGUACCAAGCUUUUUAAUUUGGUUUGCUAAGGCAAGAGAUUUUAUGAUUUCCAAAGCUGGGGAGCAUUUUACGUGA